GUGGCCAUCAAGCACGUGGAGAAGGACCGGAUUUCCGACUGGGGAGAACUGCCCAAUGGCACCCGCGUGCCCAUGGAAGUGGUCCUGCUGAAGAAGGUGAGCUCGGGCUUCUCGGGCGUCAUCCGACUUCUGGACUGGUUCGAGAGGCCCGACAGUUUCGUGCUGAUCCUGGAGAGGCCCGAGCCGGUGCAAGACCUCUUCGACUUCAUCACCGAGCGGGGAGCCCUGCAGGAGGAGCUGGCUCGCAGCUUCUUCUGGCAGGUGCUGGAGGCCCUGCCCCACUGCCACAGCUGCGGGGUCCUCCACCGCGACAUCAAGGACGAGAACAUCCUGAUCGACCUGAACCGCGGCGAGCUCAAACUCAUCGACUUCGGGUCGGGGGCGCUGCUCAAGGACACAGUCUACACGGCCUGGGAUGGAACCCGAGUGUACAGUCCUCCAGAGUGGAUUCGCUACCAUCGAUACCAUGGCAGGUCGGCUGCGGUCUGGUCCCUGGGGAUCCUGCUCUAUGAUAUGGUCUGUGGAGAUAUUCCAUUUGAGCAUGACGAAGAGAUCAUCAAGGGUCAAGUGUUCUUCAGGCAAAGAGUCUCUUCAGAAUGCCAGCAUCUCAUUAAAUGGUGUCUGGCCCUGAGACCAUCAGAUCGGCCAUCCUUCGAAGAAAUCCAGAACCAUCCAUGGAUGCAGGAUGUUCUCCUUCCCCAGGCAACGGCUGAGAUUCACCUGCGCAGCCUAUCACCGGCACCCAGCAAAUAGCAGCCUUUCUGUCAGACACUGUGGGGAGGGAGAGCUGUCUUCAGCUUCCAGCAGGACCUUACUUCAUGCAGGAACAGCAGUGACAACUCAUUCCAGACUCCAGGUUCCUGGAGCAGCCUCCCACCGGGGAGAGAGACUGUUUCACGUUCCCAGGCCCCUACGCCCUCCCCCCAUAGACGCUCUCAGUGUCUAGUUUUGCUGGGCUCCGCAGAAUACUGGGGUGGGGGGUGGGAGUGGGUCAAAACCCUGCCAUGGAACUUUAGUCACCCGGAGUCACCAAAAUGGGCUAGGAUAAGGGGGACAAACAUGUUUUGGGUGGGGUUAAAAAAAAACUAGCACCAUAUUUAAGUCCCUGUCACCUCUUCCAUCUCCUCUGAGUGCCUUCUGUGGGGACUCCGGCUGUGCUGGGAGAAAUACUUGAACUUGCCUCUUACCUGCUGCUUCUCCAAAAAUCUGCCUGGGUUUGGUUCCCUUCUCUUUGCCCUGUUCUCAUCCUCACCCCACCCCACUUCUUGUGAAAGGUGCCAUUGGAAGAGGCUACAGGGCCAACUGCUGAGCCACCUGCCCUUUUUUUCUGCCUCCUUUAGUAAAACUCCCAAGUGAACUGGUCUUCCUUUUUGGUUUCUACUUAACUGUUUCAAAGCCAAGACCUCACCCAGAAUGCACAACCAAUGCAACAACCAGACAAGCUGUAAAUGUGUACGGUCGGCAUGGUAGCCUGCAAAAAAGGAUUGUAGUGGAUACAAUUUAAAAAAGAAAAAAAGCCUUUAAGUUAUAUUUUAUGUGUUGGGGUUUUUUUUUUGUUUUGUUUUGUUUUGUUUGAAGAAUGGCACGUUCUAGCCUGGAAGUCAAUGUUAAUGUAUUUAUUUAUUUAUUUAUUUGGUUGCCUUCCUGUUCCAAACUUCCACUGGCUGUUGCCCUAGGAUUUUAUUGUCAUGUUCUGGUUUUUUUGUUUUUUUUUUUUUUUCCUCCUAACUUGGGGAUCCUUUGGGGAAGGCUGCGAUGCUUGCUGGGGUGAAGGGACUCUGGAACAGCUGCUGUAGUUCCUUCUGUGGGGGCCCCUUGCCCGCUUACUGGAGUGGGUCUGGGCUGUCUGGGAAGGGGCAUUGCUGACUGUACAUAAGACUGUAAGGCAGUUCCAGCAUGGUGUGCCUUCCGGAUGCUCUUUGGGGCUGAGCUUGGUUUGAGCAGCAUGUAGCCUGCUGGUUUUAUCUGAGUGAAAUACUGUACAGGGGAAUAAAAGAGAUCUUAUUUU